AUGGAUGUACAUUUAAGGCCUCAAUAUUCACCAAACACCCCUCAGUUAACGCCGCCUUCAACGUCCGGGCAUGUCUCGGAUCAAGACUCGAUGAGAUCAGGCCUGCAAUCAUGUCUCGAGCACCUUGACCGAGUUCAUGAUAGGAUGAACUGUGUCUACCAGGAAGUCCUAGAGAUCCGCGCCCGCAUUACAGGGCUUCUUCUCACCUGUCAAACGGAGAUCGUCAUGGGGGGCGGGGGUAUAUUAGAUAACAGCAUGGAUUUCCAGGCAAUCGUCGAGAAUGAGCCUCAGACCAUCUUGCAAACUGCGCAAGAUGAGCUACAUGCUGUUUCACCGUCGCUGAUUCCACCAGUGCUCCCUAUCUCGGCAGAGCAAUCAGCAUUCCAAAACCAGCCUUUGAACCUAGAGUAUGGUCCUUUAGGGUUUAGUGCCCCGCCAGAUCUUCCCGACGAUAAUGUUCCCCAAGACCUGUUGCUCAGUGGAACCUCUGGUGUUGUCGUCAGCCAUGGGCUCGAUGCACCCGGGUUCCUGCCUCGGUCCUCUAAUGCGAAGACCUUGUCCAAGUCUUCAGGAAGUCACGACCAACAAAAACCUCUUUCUAUCGCAAAGGGCAGCCAAGAUAGAGUAAUUUGUACCUGGCUUGGAUGCUCAAGAGCCGUCAACCAGGAUAACCUCACUCGUCAUGUGAAUGAGGUGCAUUGGCGGAAGGUCAAGGCUGCCUGUGCUCACUGUGGAAAGGGAUUCGCGCGCCCUUACAUGCUAAGGGACCAUAUCUGUCGGGGAAAACGUAGAAAGGCAUAG